GCAAAUAGAACAAUGUGAAAGUGAAACAUUACGAGAACAAUAUCAAGCAAAAUAUAGAGAACUAUUGGGAGCAUCUUUAGAAAAUCUAGAUAAAAUGCAUGACAUAGAAGACGAAGAAGAACAAAUGUUCCAAAAACAACAACGAGCCAGAAGACAAGGCUUAGAAUUACCAGAAACAUUAUCACCAAAAAAUCUAUAUCACAAAGAAUAUAAACUAACAGUAAAUGGCUACUAG